CUUUCUAUAAACACAAAAUAACAGAAAAUACUUAAUUCAUUACAAUAUAUACAUUAGCCGCGGCAUAAUGGAUGAUGUACGCGCAUUAGAUCACAAUGAGGUGUUUCAUCAGCUGAGCACAGAAAUUAAGGACUUCAAUCAGUCGACCAAGAAGUUAAAAAAUAUGCGCUACUGGAGUGGGAAUGAAAUAUACAUAGAGAAACUGUGCGAGCGCGUGCUGAACGUGCUACUGGAGCAUAAUCUGGUGGAGCAAGUGAAGUCAAAGGUUGAUCCCGACGAGCUAAUUGCAGUGCCCAAGUCGAAUGCUUCAUUGGAUAAUUUACGGGGCACUCUGGUGUUCUUAAUACUGAACAGCGACAACACAUAUUUUUGCGAGUUGGAUGAACUUCGUCGCUACAAUCCGCACUAUGUGCAUUUAAUGGAGCUCUGUCCGCCACUACCACUAAUUGCUACUGUUGCCAUUGCCCAAAAGUGUGGCCUAGAGGAGCCUUUAAAGGAGUUCCUCAGCUGUGGUCCAUACUGGCUAACUAAACAGUAUUACGAGAUCUGCAAUGAGGCUUUCAACUAUGUGGAGAGCAAGGACAAAGUGCUAGAGCGUGUCUGUGGCGUGUUGGAUGCGGCUCGUGGGGCCCUCAAUAGCUAUGCCCUGCGUGGUGGUCCAGGUCCCACGGAUGCAGACUGGGAGGCAGCCAAUACUGGACUGCUGAGCAACGUGGCUCAAUUGCUGCAGCGACAUAUUCUCGCUUCUGAUGAACAAUUGCGUCAAUCACUGCGUCCACAGGCGCGUAAACGGUAUCUGGGCAAAGCGACAAUGCGAUUAAUGCAGGUACUGCUGAAGGCUCUGGAUCCAACACAGCACAAUCAGAGAACAAAGCUGCCAGUUCAGUUUUUCGUUUUGUGUUCGCCACACGCCGAUCCUUCGACCAAUUUACAUGACAAGCAGGCAAUGUUGCGGAAGUUUGCCAAUCAGCUGCUAAACACUUUGCAGAAUUUGCUGAUGCACGUCAGUGUCGACACGUUUAUGUACUGGCAGGAGCUACCGUCGGGCGUACUUUUGUUCACCAUGCAGGAACACAUUUGCAAUUUAGUCCAUAAAUUGCUGCCGCUGUUGGAGGCCGAUGAGGAGUUGAGCACACACUCUAUCAAACAACAGCUGGUCUCAGUUUUUGAGGGUGGCGUCAAAACCUUUGAACAUAGUCUGUCGGAACUACCGCUGGGCGAUCUGUUGGCUCUGCUGGAUGGCGACAUGGGCCAACUGGAUCGUGAGCAAUCACUGGCCGCCAUCAAUGAGCUUUUUCAGCGACCCAUCGCAUUCGGCAAUGAGGAGUGCGUGGAGACAAUGGCGCGCAAUGGAUUUCUUUUGAACAUAUCACAUGCUGAGCGUAUACUUAAGCAUCUGGACGAGGUGGUGCGUGCCAAGCAGGCAGUCGAUGUGGACGACAGUGAUAACGAGGAAAUGAGCUCUGUCUAUGACAGUCUGCUCAGUCUCGUGUUGCGUCCCCUGUUCAAGAGCUGCAAAAAUAUGCAAAAGAUCGAGCUUCUAAUUAAACGCGAUUCACUGCAGUUGCUCUCACACUUCAACUUUGCUGGCCCAGACUGCAAUUCCAAGCGUAUUCUUUUUUUCAAUAAUGCCAACUGCCAGAUUGGGCUGAGCCGUUUUCUGAUGCUGUGCUAUGACCAGCCACAGGCUACUUGGCUCUCGUUAGCCCAACUAGCCAUGACGCACAAGUAUUUUGACCAAAUCUAUUGGCGACUGGCGCGCAUUUGCAAAGACCAUGCUGCUUUCUAUGUGGGUCACAUAGUAUCGGAGCUGGUCACGGAUAGACGCAUGAUCCACAACGUAAAUGGUAAAAAGUUUUUGCUAUCGCUCUACAAUUUCCUCAUAAAGGUGAACAGCAUACGUUCCAUACGACAGCAGAUUGUGAGACGAUCUUUUAGCAGUCGAAUUGCCUACACAAGAAGGGUAAAGACUUGGAAAAUGACUCUGUAUCCCCAAAUAUGCGGCUAUAAUGCCGAGAAGCUGCAGGCGAUGCAAAAAGACUACUUAGAGGCGUUCGCAGUCGGCCUCGCCAAGUUCAGAGAUACAGAUGACUGUCCAUCGUUGGGGGCUUUGCUGAAAAUACUCCGGAGAACUUGUGUUGCCGACGAUCGUGUUAAGAACGAGAGUGAAAAUGAAUUGAUGAAGCUGCGUAAAUACCUCAGUAUAUAUGAGAAUUCGAGCAACUCCACAAAAGAAAUAACUGCGGCACGCCGAACUUACGAACAGGCAGAGGAAUAUGUCAGAAUACAUGAAGAGCUUCGUGACUGGCGGUGCACCAAUUGGGCAAUCACAUCUCAGGUGAUGCUUACUGUAGACCACUUGCGCUGGAAUCUCAAUGAUUUUAAUAUGUUGCGUGUCAGGGCUCUUACCUCAGCCGUGCUCUACGCAUCGGAGAAUAUACCCAAUAUAGCCCUUAUGCCAGCUGGUUUUCUGCGCGACAUUGACGCGCUGGUUCGCACAUUUCGCUACAAGAGCUUCUGGACCGAAGCCGCCUCCGAUUUAAUGGGCAACCUGGGCACGAAGCCCACACCGCAGCAAUUGAACUUAUAUGUCGAACUGCUCAUACAGUCGUCAGUAAAUGAGGCCCGCACACUGAUGAUGAGUGCCGUACGCGCCAAAUGCGUACGACCCGUUAUGUGCAAGCUUUCAGAAGCCGUAAUCAAUGCGGGUACAGAAACCGCUAUCGAAGCCUACCACUUCAUCUUUAAAUGUUACGCUGAUGCUUUCCAGAAACAUCAAUGGCCAUUUAAGAGCUAUGAGUGCGCCAAUCACGCUGAGGAUGUGACGUAUAUUGUUCUCAAGUCGCCACCUCUUUCGCUGCCGUUGAUCAUGGAGACUGUCGAUCUUAUGAUUAUAAAGCUAUACACGUAUGCGGAUAAAAAUGGCAAAGUGAAGAUUAAGCAGCUGGCCAGUAAGAUGCCACAAGCACCCUUCGCGAUGCCACAAUUCAAUAGUAUAAUAGAAGUGUAAUAUUUAAGUACUGUUAGUUCCCUGAGAAGCGAGAAAGAAAGAGGGCGAACAUCAAAAUUAAUCUCUGAUUAUAUACUAUGCACAUGUAUAGUAUACUUGUAAUUAACUUGAAUUUAAAAAGUUCAUUAUUUUUGGAUUAUUGUGUUUUUUGUUUUUGAAAUUAAUGUUAAUAAUAAAUACAUUGAAAGAAUUGAAAA